AUGAACUUCUCUAUUCCCGACGACCUGACACAAUACCUCGCCGAUCUCGAUAAAUUCAUAGAAGAAAAGAUAACCCCGCUACAACACAAAGACGAUAACAACCGGUUCUUCGAUCACCGCCGUGAGCACGCUCGCACAGAUUGGGAUAAUGGCGGGCUGCCGCGCAAAGAAUGGGACGAUCUAUUAGCUGAAUGCAGAAGACUCGCAGAUGAAGCCGGCUUCUACAGACUCUCGUUGCCAAAGCAGUAUGGUGGGCGAAGUAACGCCGACGGGCGAGGAAGCAAUCUUUGGAUGGCUGUCAUUCGAGAGCAUCUUGCAGCCAAGGGCCUAGGACUAUUCAAUGACCUUCAGAAUGAGCACUCAGUGGUUGGCAACUUCCCGGAUAUAGUCAUGCUUAUGAAUUUUGGGAAUGAACAGCAGAAGAAUGAGUUUAUACCGCUGCGACUUGAGGGUAAGUUUAGGAUGACAUUUGGGUUGACGGAACCUGGUCAUGGGUCGGAUGCUACACAUAUGGCUACAAGAGGGAGGCCGGAGACGAGGAAUGGAGUCAAGGGCUGGUUGCUGAAUGGGUACAAGAAGUGGCAGUCGGGUAUACAUGAUGCCACCCACUGUUCGAUAUUUGCGAGGACGUCGGGGAAAGAUGGGCAGGUCAAGGGUAUCUCUUGCUUCAUUGUACCCAUUGAGACGCCUGGUCUCAAAGCAGAGUCGUACGAGUGGACUUUGAAUAUGCCUACCGACCACGCGACUGUCUCGAUCAAGGAUGUAUGGGUACCUGAAACUGCCGCCUUAGGGCCCAUACACAAUGGAUUGGGAGUCGCCCAAGCCUUUGUGCACGAAAACCGCAUCCGACAAGCUGCUUCAUCCCUAGGCGCAGCUGUAUACUGUGUCCAACAAUCCGUUGAAUAUGCCAAUGAACGCGCACCUUUUGGAACGCCCCUCUCGCACAACCAGGGCAUCCAGUUCCCACUCGUUGAACUCGCCACUCAAUGCGAAAUGCUGCGCCAACUCAUAAGGAAGACUGCGUUGGAAAUGGACUCAAUGCCGCACAACGAGAUCGAAAAGAAGAUCGGGGACAAGGUGUCGAUGUGUAAUUACUAUGCAAACAGGCUGUGCACUGAAGCAGCCGACCGCGCGAUCCAGGUCCAUGGUGGUAAUGGAUAUUCAAGGCACUUUCCCUUUGAACAUAUCUGGCGACAUCAUCGACGGUAUAGGAUUACUGAAGGUAGCGAGGAGAUCCAGAUGCGCAAAGUGGCAGCCUAUCUAUUCGGGUUUGGUGGCAGGAAGAGUCUGGUAGAUGCGACAAAGCCCGAUUCGAAAUUGUAG